GGGCCGAAGCGGCCGCUGAUCCUCCUGCGGCACACACCGUGCGCACCGCUCCUCGCUCCGCUCCGCGCUGCUGCUGCAGCGGCUCCCGGGCCGGACCUUCCCGAGGCUGUUUGCCUGUGUGUGUUUUUUUUAAUGCUCGUUCCCCUCUUCCUCUAUUUCCUGAUGCAGGGCCGGGGAGGGGGUGAGCCAAAGUGUGCACCGGAUAUUGGAAAACCCAUUCUUCUUGCUGAUGCUGUUACGAUAAUAGAUUACUAUCUGGACAACGCCGCGUCUGCACAGGGAGGCACAUCCUGACCAAGCGAGGCCUGGUCUUCACAGGAGGGGAAUGUGUCGUGUUGGGAGGAUUAUUGUGGAAACAUUUUUUUGGAUGGUAGCAGUGGCCAGGACUGAGGUGGUGCUGGAGGGGGGACCUUGAUAUCGAUCAGAGCAGGGACGCAAUCAGGGCUUUCUGACUUCGGAUAUUUGAGACUCUGCUCUUACAGAAAUCAAUCCUGUGGCAAGUGUAGCCUUCCUGUCCACGUCUGGAGGAGAUUUUUCUUCUGCUUUGCUCCACUUUUUUUGGGCCACCACCAUAAGCUCAGCAGAAUCUUUCAACCACUGGUAUUUCUAGCAGGAGUGGCUUGAAAGUGACUAUUCACUCAGUUGUGAACAGACCUCGUUCGCCUCCAUUCUUGCUCAUCUUCUCUGUCUGGAUGAUGCUGCUGCAUUAAGAGCGAGACACAUCCUGGAGAAUACUUUAUUCUAAGAGAGGAAACAGGGCCCAGACCUGACCGCAUGACAAACAAGUGUAUGGGAGUAGCCUGCAGGGCCCGGCUUUAGAUCACGACCACACCAGUCCUCCUCCAACACCUCCUCUCUCCUCUCUCCUCUGUCCUGUGUCCUCUCCACUCUCCGCCGUGCCGCCGCCUGGGAUGUGCGUUACGGGAUUACGCACGGAGCAGAACCGAGCCCUAUCCUGAUCGGCCUUAUAUUCUGGAGAGAAUUUCACCUCGGGAAGGAUGAGCAGCAAGGAGCUGACGGGGGGCCAGUCCACCCAGUAUGUGGGGCCCUACAGGCUGGAGAAGACCCUCGGGAAGGGACAGACAGGACUGGUGAAGUUGGGUGUCCACUGUAUAACGGGACAGAAGGUGGCCAUAAAGAUUGUGAACAGAGAGAAACUGUCUGAAUCUGUCCUCAUGAAGGUGGAGAGAGAAAUAGCUAUUCUUAAACUAAUAGAGCACCCUCAUGUUCUGAAGCUGCACGAUGUCUAUGAGAAUAACAAAUACCUGUACCUGGUGUUGGAGCAUGUGUCGGGCGGAGAGUUAUUUGACUACUUGGUGAAGAAGGGCAGGCUGACCCCCAAAGAGGCCAGGAAAUUCUUCAGACAAAUCAUCUCCGCCCUCGACUUCUGCCACAGCCACUCCAUAUGUCACAGAGACUUGAAGCCAGAGAAUCUUCUCCUGGAUGAGAAGAACAACAUUAGGAUAGCAGACUUCGGCAUGGCCUCGCUGCAAGUCGGGGACAGUCUGCUGGAAACCAGCUGUGGAUCCCCACAUUAUGCUUGUCCAGAGGUCAUAAGGGGGGAGAAGUACGACGGCCGCAGGGCAGAUGUUUGGAGUUGUGGAGUCAUCCUCUUUGCUCUUCUUGUGGGUGCCUUGCCCUUCGACCACGACAACCUGCGGCAGCUUCUGGAGAAAGUGAAGAGCGGAGUGUUCCACAUGCCCCACUUUAUACCUCCUGACUGCCAGGCUCUGCUCAAGGGAAUGAUCGAGGUCAAUCCUGACAAGAGACUCACGCUAGAAGCAAUACAGAAACACACCUGGUAUCAAGGUGGCCGUAACGAGCCUUGCCCGGAGCAGCCGCCUCCUCGCCGUGUGUGUUUGAAGAGGAUUCUGUCCUUAACGGAGCUGGACCCCGACGUGCUGGAGAGCAUGUACUCUUUAGGUUGCUUCAGAGACCGCGUCAAACUCACACAGGACCUUACAAGUGAGGAAGAGAACCAGGAGAAAAUGAUCUACUACCUCCUGUUGGACAGGAAGGAGAGAUACCCAAGCUGUGAAGACGAGGAUCUGCCUCCCAGAAAUGACGUUGACCCACCCAGGAAGCGUGUGGACUCCCCCAUGUUGACGCGUCAUGGCCGUUGUCGUCCAGAGAGGAAGAGCCUGGAAGUCCUCAGUGUCACAGAGCAGGGGUCUCCCACCCCGCCUCGCAGGGCCCUGGACACUAAUGCACACAGCCAGAGGUCUCGUUCAGUGAGUGGAGCGUCCACAGGUCUGUCCUCCAGUCCUCUCAGCAGCCCCAGGAGCCCGGUCUUCACUUUCAGCCAAUCAGAAGUCACCUCCUCCACCGCUUCCUCCUCCAAAGAUUCAAAACCAGGAAGUGCCAGCACCUCUCGGCCCACUCGCCCGCCACCUGACCCAAAAACCCAGACCCUGCCCACAAAGGGCCAGAGUGACCGGCCCCAGCUUCACUCCAUGAAGUCACUCCCUCUUCAGACCCCUCGCUCGCCUUCCCCGUCUCCGUCCCCGCUCCUGUCCCCCAUCCCGCGCUUCUUCAACUUCCCUUCUCCAUCUGUCUUCAAGUCCAAGAACGCCCACUCGUCCUCUAACUCCUCUCCCACCCCUCCUCCUGUUUCACAGGUCACACCGCAAGGUUCACCUCUGCCCACCCCACUGGGCACACCUGUGCACCAACUCCACCACCCCUCCUCCACCACCCCUCCCUCCUCUUCCUCCUCGUCUUCUUCUUCCAGAGCCGACGGAGCCGGCGGGGCCUCCCUGACCCCGCCCUCCAGCCCUGGAGGCAGUGGUGGGCUGGCCUCCUCCAGCUCCGCCCACUGGAGAACAAGGCUCAACUCAUUCAAAAACAACCUGCUGGGCUCGCCGCGCUUCCAUCGGCGCAAACUACAAGUCCCUACAUCAGAGGACAUGUCCAGUUUGACUCCAGAGUCCAGUCCAGAGCUGGCCAAGAGGUCGUGGUUCGGUAACUUCAUCAGCCUGGAGAAAGAGGAGCAGAUCUUUGUUAUGAUCCGAGACAAGCCGCUCAGCUCCAUCAAGGCUGACAUCGUUCACGCCUUUCUCUCUAUCCCGUCCCUCAGCCACAGCGUUGUGUCUCAGAACAGUUUCCGGGCAGAGUACAAGUCCUCAGGCGGCCCCUCUGUCUUCCAGAAGCCUGUCAAGUUCCAAGUGGACAUCGCAUUUUCAGAAGGAGAGAGGGAACGUGAGAGAGAACGAGCAGAGAGGGAAGGAAGAAGAGAAAUGGGCAUCUAUAGCGUCACCUUCACUCUAAUAACAGGGCCCAGUCGCAGAUUCAAACGAGUGGUGGAAACCAUUCAGGCUCAGCUGCUGAGUACUCAUGAUCAGCCUUCUGUGCAGGCACUGGCUGACGAGAAGAACGGUCAGCUUUCCCGUCAGCCCAGCACUCCGUCGCGUCAGAACUCUCGGCGCUCUGAAAGUGGCUCCGAUCGGGGCGAGAAGGAGCGCGUGGCAGACGGCGGGAGUGGGAGCAGCAGCAGUAGCACUGUCUUACAAAGGCGAGGGUCGGGGAAAGACAAGACCAGACUCCUCUCAUCGUCCAAUGGGACGCAGUCUCACCCCUGAAAAGAAUGUUGUGGAAGAGAGGCCUUUCUCUCUUCCUCCCCUCUGUCCUUCCUACAUUGUUUCCUUUCCCGUUCCCUUACUUUCUGCCUUUGCUUUCUGCCAUUACUCCUCAGCGAUGGGAUGAAGGAGGGGGGAAGUUUUUUCUUGAAGCUGAUCUAAGGAUAUGACGAAGAAUUCCCCUCAAAUGGCUGAUUUCAGCAGAAAUGUAUAUUUGUGGGGACAUGGGGACAGGUUGUGCUGAUCUUUAGUCAGCCUUCAAGGAGAACUUUGCCUCAGAGGGACGCGUGUAAAGACAGGAAAUUAGAACAUUUCCAUCUUUCCGGAGGAAUAUAGGAAAAGCUUACAGCCAUGGAAAUUUCACGACAUGCGACGAUUUAACAAAGCACAUUGCCUUCCCACCAAGAAAUCACAUGCAACACGUGGUUCACAUCCAACAGGAAACCUCCCAUCAGUCAGUCAAAACAAUUAAGGAAGAGACUGGCCAAUAAACGAAGCACCUCAAAGCAUUCUCAUUUUUCAUAUCCCGGCCAGCCAAAGGUCAACUGGAUCAUCAAGUCUCCUCAACACCACCUGACCAAACAUGAUGAGUCACAUGACAAGAAAUAUGCUCUCCUCCUCGACUUGGCGCCAAAUCACAGACGCAGUAAAUCUGAAUUCUCCAGUGAAGGAAACAAAAUGACAAUUAGCAAACACACACAUACAGAGCCGUUUUUAACCAUGACCACAGAACACGGGAAAAAGCUGAGAAGUGAUGGAAAAUGGGUGUGAUGUGGUUUACAUCAUGUAGGCGAAAGUCAGGACAGGACCUUGAGUGUAUGAGAAACAUUUAUUUCCAUAAUUAUUCCUGAAUUACACUGAUAAAGCUAUGAUACCGUAUUGCCUUUAAUGGAGGAGAAAAAGUGGAUAGCUAGUUAGAUUUAGCUUCAUUUUUAGGACACUAGUCUCACCACAGGUAGACUGUAAAUACUCCCACUGAAGAGAGAUAUGAUGAAUAGAUAGACACAGAACAAAGGAUAGCUAGAAACAUUCCCAUUAGGUUGAAAAGGAAGGAAUAGAGAAAAAGUUGCAAAGAUCAUCUUGAGCAGGCGUGGUCCUGUGCCUCAUCACGCCGAGUCUGGCCCCGCCUCUGCCCCCGCCCGAACAGGAAAUUCAAUUAUUCAUUUUUGUUAUGUCAUUUCAAAAGCUGAAGAAAUGUGGUUCAAUGUUGUCAGUCAGAGCACGACACCCAGAUACAGUAAAAAAACAAAAACACUCCCUGCUCGUGUCGAUCUAAUCCAUCUAAAUGGAUCUACAACGGUCAGUGCUCCUGAGCUGUGGUGGUCAUAGAAAUCUUACUUUGGAUUGGUCAGGAUUAAUCUGUUUGAAUGCAACACUGAUACGCCUAUGUACAGUGACAGAGUUCCAGUUCGCUCUGUGUGCUGUGAAGUAUUACCAUCCAAAAUCCACAAAAGUGAAAGACAUGGGGGGUUUGUUUAAAACAAACAAACAAAAAACCCCACUGUAAUCAAUGAGCUGAAGUUAACAUCAGGCUAAACCCCGCCUCUCUCAAGCAGCUGUCCAAUCAUAGCUUUUCUACGGAUGAUAACAUCUGCCAGCUUCACCGCAGGAAAAAAAACUGUUGUCUAGAAAAUGAGAAUCAUGCUUUUGUUCUCUUUUGUUUUUUAAAAAGUACAAAGAAAUGAGUCAGGGCUCUC